AAUACUGUGUAGCUAUACACUCAAAACACUCGCUUAAUUGGCAUCUGAACUUUUUGGCGAUUCUAGAGGUAAGUUUUGUAUUUUGUGUAACAUUGUAUCUGAAGCAGUAUCUCGACAAUAAGUAUGCUUUAAGAAUGCAAUUUUCGAUGUUAUUAAGAGUACUUAUUGUAAUUGGAUCCGUUGUCUCACUGCUCACGAAUCAUGUCAUGUCGAAUACAACGCAACAAGAAUUGAACUCCAUCUUCAGCAUCUAUACCCCGGCAUGCCAGCAAAUACUUAACACUCAGACCACUAUCGAUGCAACAACAUACUGCGAUACGAGGUUCCAAUUAUGGUACGAAGAGCUUGUACACAUCGGGUUUUGUACUGAAGAGGAGUACGCCAACCUAACACACACCGUUUGUGACUUGAAUGUCACUAUCAGACCGAGCAGCGAAGCGACAACAAACUUUUAUUCAGCUUUAAACUUCAAUGUCUCCUCAGCCUGCCAACGAAAAGUUAUCAGCUGCGUCCUCAGUUCUAUAAUAUCAAUAAUCUUGAAACAGGAGGAGCAGUACUGUUCUUUUGUAGCUGUAGACCCACUAGAUCAAAUUUCAGAGAGUUGCCUCACGACACCUGCGACCGCGGAGAACUUUGUCUGUUCACUUGCUGACUUUAACCUUUUGAAGAAAGCAGCCUGCUCCAGUAACAAAACCGAUGUGGACCAAACCUUUUCGAGGGCGUUGCUGAGAACUUCCACAGAGUGUCGACUGAAAAUAGCCAACUGUAGUGAUCUUUACACCGAGACGUAUUCGUUGGCCGCGCUAGGGAAGUACUGUGCGUUCCUGACUUCUGGAGAAACGCUUUCGACCUUAGAAACAUGUUUUACAGAAGAAAAUGCGUGCACAAGAGAGGAGUUUGAUUUACUAAUUAAUUCAGCCUGCCCUAAAGGUAUGUACACAAAUAUAUGAGUUCUUUAAGAAAUAUAAAAUUUUCACCUAUUUAUUAUAGCUUACAAUUAUAAACUUUUUCAAGCAAUGACAGUAUCAUUUAGUAAAAUAAAUGAGAAAAAAUUGUUUUUUCUAGGAUUCGACGAGCAAAACAAAAAGAGAGAGAAUACUAUUAAUUUAUUCGCAAAUUAAGUUUAAAUUCGAAUAAUUAUUUGCGUUUAAGGACAAUGUCUUUAUUUAGUAUUUAAUAUACAUAUAAUAUACGUUUUAUUUAAUUAUGAAUGUCUUUUGACUUAAAUGAUACAUGCAAUGUAAUUAUAUUUAUUGAUAUAUAACCUUAUUUUUUUCCAUUGCAUUCUUUUGGUUAUUUCCCCUUCGUUUUAUUUUCUUGUAACCAAUGUCAUAUACUGACUGUGACAUAUACGCGAACCAAUCUCCAAUGCUUUAAAUAGAUAUGUUUGAAAUGUGUGUUAAACUUAUUGUUUCUUCUAAUUGUUAAACUUUUUGUUUCUUCUAAUUGUUAAACUUUUUGUUUCUUCUUACAUUUAUCUUUUUUUUAUUACCUUUAUAGCGAAACAAUGACAAAUGGCUACAAAAUAGUCAAAAUAUUGAAACUAAUAAUCACUCAAUUUUAUAUCCAUUACAUUCAAAUUUACACGUUAGUUUACUUCCGUAUGAUACGUUGUAGAUUGUCAUAGAAGAAAUAUUAACCCUCUACUACAACAUGCUUCCAAUGAAAUUCGUCUCAAGUAGAAUUUGUCUACCACUCCAACUCUUGGCCUUCACGUGGGUCUCAGAUAUUGAGUCCAGCUGGACCUUUAUCAGAAGAGGCAAAGGUGAGCAAGCUUCGGGCAUGAUGAUCUCAUUAGCCUUGGCUGGCUACCCACCCAGGCGAACACUAAAUUCAAGCCUUUCCCGCCUUGCUUCAAUACCCAACACAUAGGAAAGGCUUAGGAAGUCAAAGUAAAGUUUCCCUUUCAGACCUUGCGAUCUAUGGGGCAGAUGAUGUUAAGGUUAUCUAUUUCUAUGGCCUACGGUUAACGAGCAGGGUGUCAGGGACGCCCUAAAAAUCCCGAUAUUCAAAGUCACAGCCUUCACCGAGAUUUGAACCCAGCACCUUAGGUUCGGAAGCGCUUAACCACUCAGCCACCGCGCCCUCCUUAGGGUUUCAACCCUUAGAAAAAUCAGACCCGUAACCUGUAUCUCAGUUCUGUACUCUGUAACUCAGACCUGUAACCUGUAUCUCAGUUCUGUACCCUGUAACUUAGACCUGUAACCUGUAUCUCAGUUCUGUACUCUGUAACUUAGACCUGUAACCUGUAUCUCAGUUCUGUACCCUGUAACUCAGACCUGUAACCUGUAUCUCAGUUCUGUACUCUGUAACUCAGACCUGUAACCUGUAUCUCAGUUCUGUACUCUGUAACUUAGACCUGUAACCUGUAUCUCAGUUCUGUACUCUGUAACUCAGACCUGUAACCUGUAUCUCAGUUCUGUACUCUGUAACUUAGACCUGUAACCUGUAUCUCAGUUCUGUACUCUGUAACUCAGACCUGUAACCUGUAUCUCAGUUCUGUACCCUGUAACUCAGACCAGUAACCUGUAUCUCAGUUCUGUACCCUGUAACUCAGACCAGUCGAUUCCGCUGAUCUCAAACUGUUACGGGUUUAAGUCGUUUCUUUGGACAUUGAGGUGAACUGCGUGUUGGCGACAUCGUUCCAAUAUACCUAAUACCUAAAGCCUCUAUGCGACAAAGAGAGUCCAAUGGCUAGAGUGUAUUUUAUAUUGAUAUACUCUUGUGUAUUAGUAUUGAAAAGGUGAAUAGCACUAUAAGUUUUUUCUAUUGAUUAAUUAAUAGCAGUGUCGUAAAUCUUUGUCCAACUUGAACUCAUCCUCACGACAGUGUAUUCAUAUCUAACUGCUAGGUUUCGAGUCCUUUUUACCUAAGAACAAACUUUGGUCGAAAUGUGUGCGCUGAUUUUUUUUUGUAUAUGUUUUGUACUACCACAUGAUCUUCAAUGAGCAAAAGUGUUUUUCACCUUUAUAUU